AUGAAAUAUUUUUUUUUAGUGAAUCUUAUCAUUAUAAAUGCAGUUCUCAUCUUCGGAAUACUUCUCCAUAACACCUAUGAGACGCUCCUCGAGUUUAUUCAAAUCUGGUUGAGUAAACCUGAAGAUAUUGAAGAAGUUCGAACAGACGAGUCUCACGAGUCUGAAGACGUUUUUCAAUCAACAAACGAACCCAUUGAAGAAGAAGUUUUCGUCAUGGCACCAAAAUAUGAUUCUGAAGUUCAAAACCGAUAUGAGGAGUACAUGCAAUAUCGAUUCGAUGCUCGUCUUCAAGCAGUAAUCAACAAGAGUUACCAUACACCCGAAGGCCUUAAUGAUGACGGAACCCCGAAACUCGUCCGCGAAGAUGCCUUCUAUAUCAGUCGUCUCGAUGCGAUGGCUGCGGAAGCGUUUGAUGAGUGGACUUUCGAAAAUACCUUGGUUGAAUCUCCGAACCACAACAAUGUAUCUCGUGCUGCUUGA